CCCCUACGUUCACUGCGUGCGUUUCCCGCGAACUGACCCACGCCGUGGCUAACCUGCUGCUGCUAGGUUAUGUUGAUGAAGAUUAGCUAGACUUUGCAUCGAAUAAAAAACACAAUGUCAAAACAGAGGUCUCUCUUCAGCUUUUUUGGCAAGUCUCCUCCACCAACUGUUGCAAAACCGAAGCCUGCUCCAUCUCCUACCGAGGCGGACUUGCCCUCUUCCGUGGAGAAAUCCAACUCUUCUCCGAAAGAACAAGCGAAACAGCAGCAGCAACCAACUCCGAAGAUCAACAAGAUCAAAGCGAAAAGUGAUGCCAAAAAUGCAAAAAGUGGAUUUAACAAACUGUUUGGAGACAAGGCAGUGCCGAGUAAAGAAAGUACCCCAAAGUUCUCAUUUAAUGCAGGCUCACUUGUGUGGGCCAAAAUGGAGGGGCACCCCUGGUGGCCUUGUAUGGUAGUACCACAGCCUUUAACGGGGCAGCAGAUGAGAGGAAAGGGCAAGGACCAGCGUGUACAUGUCCAUUUCUUUGACGAGCCGCCAACUAGAGGAUGGGUCAACACAAAAUAUAUCAGAGCAUACCAGGGGUCUGACAGCAGUGAUGCCAAAAUUGGAGGGGUGUUCUUCAGUAACAAACCAGUCAUUCGUCGUUCAAUGGAGCUUGCGGAUGCUGUCAUGUUCGACACAGAUGAAAAGAGACUAAAGAUGCCUAUUUGCACUGACCCCUCUGAUGACGAAGAGGAGGAAGAGGACAUGGAGGUUGACAAAUCAACCAUAAGUGACGAAGAUGCAAGUUUUGAGGAGCAGAAGAGUGAAGAAAUUAAGUCUUCUAAAGUCAGCCGUCGUUCUUCUAGAGCAGCGGUGAAAAAUGAAAACAAGCCCAAGCGAAGACGCAUCAUUGUGGCUUCAGACAGUGAUGGCUCUGAAGAUGAGUUUAAACCAGAGCAUGCAGCCAGCAGCAGUGAUGAUGAUGAGGAAGAGCCUGCCAUGUCCAGCGAAGAGGAAUCGGAAAGCCCGGAGUCCGAACCUGAAAGUCCGAUAAAACCAGUAAAGCGCAAACGCCCCGUUGAGAAAUCCACUAAUGCUAAACCGAAAGCACCCAGUACCCCUGUCUCUGCUCCUAAACGGUCUCCAUUGAUGGUUGCAGCUGACACUAAGUCCCGCCUCUCUGCUUUCUCUGCUCCAGACAGCUUUGAGUGCCAGGCAAAUACAGGAGGAAGUGGCGGCGCCACCGUUUGGGACCAUGAGAAAUUGGAAUGGCUACAGGAUGGGCGCAAGAAAGACGGCAAAAGACGUCGACAAAGUGAGGAAGAUUAUGACCCAUCGUCUCUAUAUGUCCCAGAUGACUUUUUAAACCGUCAGACCCCUGGGAUGCGAAGGUGGUGGCAGCUCAAAGCAGACAUGUACGAUACAGUUAUUUUCUACAAAGUGGGCAAGUUUUAUGAGCUUUACCACAUGGAUGCUGUUGUAGGGGUCAAUGAACUUGGACUUACAUUCAUGAAAGGCACCUGGGCGCAUUCAGGCUUUCCAGAAAUAGGUUUUGCGAGAUUUUCAGAUGUACUCGUUCAAAAAGGCUACAAGGUGGCUAGAGUGGAGCAGACAGAGACUCCAGAAAUGAUGGAAGCACGCUGCAAGAGCAUGUUUAAACCCUCUAAAUUUGACAAAGUGGUGAAAAGAGAAGUUUGUAGGAUUAUCACAAAGGGGACGCAAACCUAUAGUGUUCUGGAUGGUGCUCCGUCAGAAAGCCAGAGCAAGUUUCUACUGAGUUUGAAGGAAAAGGCUGAGGAGGAGAGCUCGGGCCGCUGCCGUAUAUAUGGAGUGUGUUUUGUGGACACCUCUGUGGGUUUUUUCCACGUGGGACAGUUUGAAGAUGACCGCCACUGCUCUCGCCUCCGCACCCUGAUCGCUCAUUAUCCCCCUGCAGAAGUGCUCUUUGAAAAGGGGAACCCCUCGGUGGAAACACGCAAAAUCUUUAAAGCCUCUUUGUCAGCUGCUCUCCAGGAGGGACUUAACGCCAGCAGUCAGUUUUGGGAUGCUCAGAAAACUCUUAAAACCCUUUCAGAAGAAGAUUAUUUCAGUGAAAAUGCCAACAAAGAAAAGAGUGGUAACAGCCUUCUUCCAUCUCUCCUCAAAAACAUGACUUCAGCAAGUGACUCCUUAUGCCUUACACCUAAAGAUGGCUAUGAACUGGCACUUUCUGCUCUGGGUGGAUGCAUUUUCUACUUAAAGAAGUGUCUCGUGGACCAAGAACUGCUGUCUAUGGCCAACUUUGAAGAGUAUGUCCCUGUCGAUGUGGAGUUGGAGAAGUCAUGUGGAGCAGCUAGCUUCUUCUCCCAAACACGGCAGCGUAUGGUUUUGGAUGGAGUAACGCUGGCAAAUUUGGAGAUAUUUCAAAAUGGUUCAGGUGGGACAGAGGGCACAUUGCUGGAGCGUUUGGAUACCUGUUCAACCCCAUUUGGCAAAAGGCUUUUAAAACAGUGGUUAUGUGCGCCCCUGUGUAAUGCCAAGUCUAUCCGGGACAGAUUGGACGCAGUGGAAGAUCUUAUGGGAGCUCAAGCCCAGGCGUCAGAAGUGUCAGAGCUGCUCAAAAAAUUGCCAGAUUUAGAGCGACUUCUCAGUAAAAUUCACAGCAUCGGCACGCCUCUGAAGGGACAGGAGCAUCCCGACUCCAGGGCUGUUCUUUAUGAAGAAGUCACCUACAGCAAACGCAAGAUCGCAGACUUCCUCUCAGCGCUGGAAGGGUUUAAAACCAUGCAAGAGAUCAUAAAUGUGAUGUCAGCCAUGUCAGGGGAUUUUCGAUCUGUGUUGCUUUGUCAAGUUGUUACUUUAAAGCAUGAAAAGAAUGGCAUCUUUCCUGAUCUCUCAGAGGAACUCAAGCGCUGGGACACGGCAUUUGACCACCAAAAAGCACGUACCACUGGAGUCAUAACCCCCAAAUCUGGCUUUGACCCAGAGUUUGACCAAGCAUUAACUGGCAUCAAAAACUGCGAAAGAGAACUGCAAGACUAUUUAGACAGGCAGAAGAAGAGGCUCGGAUGUAAAAAUAUGUCCUAUUGGGGAACGGGCAAAAACCGCUUUCAAAUGGAGGUUCCAGACAGUGUUUCAGAGAGGAACAUUCCUGAAGAGUAUGAGGUGAAAUCAACAAAGAAAGGCUGGAAACGCUACGUGACCAAGGAGUCGGAGAAACUGUUUUCUGAGCUGCAGGGAUAUGAGGAAAAACGGGAUGCAGCGCUCAAAGACUGUAUGAGGCGCCUCUUCUACAACUUUGACAAAAACUACAAGGACUGGAAGACCGCUGUGGAGUGCAUGGCUGUGCUUGAUGUGCUUUUAGCCCUGUCCCGCUACAGUCAGGGUGGAGACGGACCAAUGGCCAGGCCUGAGGUGGUUCUUCCUGAAGAUGAUGACGAGUCUGCUCCCUUCAUUGAUCUGCUGGGUUCUCGUCACCCAUGUGUCACAAAGACCUUUUUUGGAGAUGACUUCAUUCCCAAUGACAUCCACGUGGGCUGUCCCGGGAGCAGUGACUCCGAUGAAGAGAAGAGCGCCGCCUCCUGUGUCCUAGUCACUGGGCCCAACAUGGGGGGCAAGUCAACUCUCAUGAGACAGUGUGGACUUGUGAUCAUCCUGGCUCAGCUGGGCUGCUACGUUCCCGCCGAGAGCCUUCGCUUCACUCCAGUUGACAGAGUCUUCACUCGUCUCGGAGCUUCAGAUCGGAUUAUGGCUGGUGAAAGCACUUUCUUUGUGGAGCUCAGUGAGACAGCCAGUAUCCUGCACCAUGCUACUAAACACUCGCUUGUGCUUCUGGAUGAACUUGGAAGAGGCACAGCGACAUACGACGGGACAGCCAUUGCCAGUGCUGUGGUGAAGGAGCUGGCAGAGAAGAUCUGUUGUCGGACCCUGUUCUCUACUCAUUAUCACUCUUUGGUGGAGGACUAUGCCAACAACACUGCAGUCCGCCUGGGACACAUGGCAUGUAUGGUGGAGAAUGAAUGUGAAGAUCCAAGUCAAGAGACUAUAACAUUCCUGUACAAGUUCAUCACUGGGGCCUGUCCAAAGAGCUAUGGUUUUAAUGCUGCUCGCCUCGCCAACCUGCCUGAAGAGGUGAUCCAAAUCGGGCACAAGAAAGCCCGAGAGUUUGAGAGGAGCACCAUCAGCCUCAGACUCUUCAAGAAAAUCUGCCAGUUUGCCAAGGAUCCCACACUGGACAGGACACACUUCGCAUCUAUUGUUCAAAUGAUUAACACACUUUAAUUAUAGGAAAAAUAAUCAUCAACUGUUCAAAAUGUUUAGUACUAGAAAAAAAACACUACUGAAUUGAGCUAAUAAAGUUUAUUUUUAAAAAAGGACAA